UCUUCUGCUUGGGGAGGACAAGGAAGGAUUACGUUUCUUCGUUGGUGGUUUUGCUUCAUAUAUUUAUUUUUUGAAAAUUCUCUUCAAGUAAUGCACUUUUACUGACAUUUUCACACUUUUGCAACUAACUGCUUUAGUAAAAUUUAUCACAGGAGUUUCUCACUGAGAAAUGUUCUGCCUCAAUGCAUUGUCCAAGAAACUUCGUCCCGAGGUUUUAUUUGGACAAACAUCCCGAAAUAGAGCUACGUUGGAAAAUUGGGCAGUUCUGGUUGAUAAAGAGAAUAAAGUUUCACGAUGGAGACAACUUAAUGAUCAGGUCUUCGAACCGUUAAAGAAAGGGGAAGAGAGACGCCCUGCAUUUGUGUGCCAUGAGAAGAGAGACAUUUGGUACAGCUUUAAAAAGUUGUAUAUAGUUUCUUGCUUUGUCAGAGGACUUUCAGUGGAUGAUGCAGUUAAUCAGUUAAAUUUUGUACCCGCAAAAGGUGCAAAGAUUGUAAAAGAUACAAUUUUGGAAGCACAAGAAAUAGCUGUUAGAGACCACAAUGUAGAGUUUAAAAGUAACCUGUGGGUUGCUGAAUCUUUUCCUGAACACUCAUAUAGAAUGAUGGGAUACCGUAGACAUGCAAGAGGUGUUAUGCAUCCAAUCAAGCUUGGCCAUGUUCACUACUUAGUUCGUUUAGAAGAAGGACCUCCACCCAAGCAUUAUUAUUAUCAUAGUCGUCCAAGAACACCUCAAGAACUUCUGGAUCAGUGGUUUGAGGAAUUACGGGCGAGAAAAAUAUCAAAUUCUCUUUGAACAAAUAUCCCAGGUUAUUGUCAUUGAAAGCAUUUUCCCAGUAUAAUUUACUUUGAGGGGUGAAAUAAAUUUACUUGUGUUUCAA